AGAAAGGUCAACACAUGGAAAUGGAAAAUGGAAAAUAUGUGUCAAAAGCUUUUGUGAAAUUAAAAAAAAUAAAGUCAUAAUAAAAUAUGCAAUUAUUUAUACUUUUUAGGGACAAAAUAAAGAUUUGUACUUGUUUAUUUAUCUGUAAUGGGGUUACGUGUUUAAUUGUGCUGGUAUUACGGACUCCUGACAAGUAUAGAAUAACAAACACGUGUGUGUGUGUGUGUGUGUGUGUGACAGCGAGAGAGAGAGACCGAGAGAGAGAGAGAGAGAGGAGAAGUGAGCCGUGCUGUUACUGAGUCAGUCUUCAGUGAGGGAGCAGUGAGAGAGGAUCAUGCGGCGGGUCAGCUUUCUCUCCCAUCACCUCCACUUUCAUCAUCCUCAUCUCCACCUUUCUCCUGUGAAUCCAACCAGGACCAGCUGAGGAAUAAUGUCAGCGAACAACACCACGGCGGUGGACUACACCUGCGUGCGCUUCUACGUGUCCACCGUGUCCUUCUCGGUGCUUCUUUUCUUCAACCUCAUCAUCAACUGGACCAUAGUUCGCGAGGAGCGGCUCCGGAGUCACGCCCGCUUCGCGCUGGUCUUCCACCUGCUCGUGUCCGCCCUGGUUUACCUGGGCAUGAGCAGCGUCUUCUACUACCAGAUCCACCUGGGCGCGCGGCCGGGGCGCACCGCGUGCCUUGUGAUGAUUACCAUAAUGAUCAGCAGCGGCUCUAACAUCCUCCUGACCCUCACGGUGAUGGCUCUGGACCGCUACUGCGCCGUGUGCCACCCGAUGCGCUACACCGCCACCUGCACCGCGGGGCACUGGCCCUGGCUGCUGGGCGUCUUCACCUGGCUGGUGGCUCUGGUCAUCCCCCUCAGUCUGCUCCUCCACCCGGACACUCAGGCCGACAUAGCCAACUAUAACGGGGAGUGCGGUGCGGAGCAGCUGAAGAGGAAAGGCGGGCUGCAGAAGGUGCUGCUCACAGGUGUGUGCACGGUGCUCAUACUGUACAGUUAUGUGAGGAUACUGGUGGAAGGACGGAGGUUAGGGGUGCUCAAUCGGCGCAACCGGGCUGGGUGUAGGACGAUCGCCCUGCACGGCACCCAGCUGGCCGUCUACAUCCUCCCCUCCUUCGUGAACUUCGUGCUGACAACGCUGUACAAACGGAAGUUAAUUCAGACAGAGACCAAGGAGCUGUCCGCAGUGGUCGUCUUCGCUUUCUUCAGCUUGGCGCAGUGCAUUGCGCCAGUUGUUUACGGUUUGCGCAAAGAGGAACUUCUGGAGCAGUUGAGUCACAGGUUCCCCUGCUGUUCCCGAUACUUGAAGAGUGUCCUGGGCUGGACUGUGCGGGCCAGCUGGCAACACCCCCACCACAGAACCAGGUUUCUCUUUUUUGCCCCCUCAGGGAGCGAACAUUGACAGCCCAGACCAUCAUCUCCCUGGAGACGCCACAAGUCCCAGCGGAGGAGGAGGAGGAAGCCAGGCCAAUGUCAGUCAGGAGUUCCUCGCAUGACUCAUGUCAAGGUGAUACCGACAAUGCCUGAUGAGGCGGAAAAAGCAUGUUCAUGUCAGGAUCCCGACUGGCGUAGGAACAUUUGGAUAAACAGCUGGUGUUGUCAGCUCAGGCCUGGAGACGAACUAAAGGAAUCUCCUCAGACCUCUCGAUAACGGGCGGUUAGACAAGGAAGUGCUGCAAACAGAGGACAUCAGCAUGUUUAUGUUUUGCUGUUUUGGACCUCUUGUCUCAUGAGCGCACAUGAAGAGUCACAGUGGCCGACAGAAGACAGCGUGGCCUCAGUAGAAGUGGGCAGCUCUCUUAUUGUACACUUUCCUGGCUGGUCCAGGGAUUAAAGCCUGAAGUGUUCAGGCCACAAGUGACAACUUCUUUGACCUCUGGGCUACAUCAGCCCGGCAAUAUUUGGAAUUAAAAUGACUGGGAUAAAGGAUCUAAUAUCGCAUGUCGUCUCGUGAAUGUUGUUUCCUUGUCUUCUUAACCUUGUGGAUAUUAAAAAUUCAGUGUUCAAUGA